AUGGAGCACUAUAAGAUUCUCAAUGUUAUUGGAGAGGGAUCAUUUGGUAGAGCACUUUUAGUUUGCCACCAAAACACUAAUCACAAUUACGUCAUGAAAGAAGUACGACUUCCAACGGGAGCAAGUCAGGAUUCCAGACAAGAAGCCAUACUUCUGGCAAAGAUGAAGCACCCCAAUAUCGUGAAAUUCAAAGAGUCCUUUGAAGAGGAUGGCCAUCUGUACAUAGUGAUGGAGUAUUGUGAAGGAGGUGACCUGCUGGCAACCAUUAAACAUCAAAGGGGAAAACUUUUUUCUGAACAGACUAUUCUGCAGUGGUUUGUACAGAUGUGCCUGGCAGUACAACAUAUUCAUGAGAAACGGGUCCUACAUAGAGAUAUUAAGUCCAAGAAUAUAUUUCUAACACAAAACAGAACAAUAAAGCUGGGAGAUUUUGGAUCAGCGCGUAUUCUUAGCAGUCCGAUGGCUCAUGCAUGCACAUAUGUUGGGACACCUUAUUAUGUGCCACCUGAAAUAUGGGAAAAUGUACCAUAUACCAACAAAAGUGAUAUCUGGUCAUUGGGAUGUGUGUUAUACGAAAUCUGUACCCUAAAACAUCCAUUUCAGGCAGGAAGCUGGAAAAACCUAAUAAUGAAGAUAUGCCAUGGAUCUUACAGUCCACUCCCUUCACAAUACUCCUAUGAAAUACGCAGUCUCAUCAAACAGAUGUUCCGCAAAGACCCUCGACAGCGGCCUUCAGCAAAUACCAUAUUGACCAGAAGAGGCCUACUGAAAGUGGUCAAAUCUAUUGUGGGUACCCAGGUAAAUACAGUACAUUUUGCUUAUAGGAUCACUCUAAAGAAGGACUUCUGA